ACAGCUGGUAUAUGUACAUUACCCCAUGCAAAUACUUUGCUUGCCUUGUCGUUUGUUUGUUUUUAAUAGUAGGGUUAUAGCAGCACAAACACCCUGAUCGAAACACGUUGUCCUUCCUCCCGUUUGAAUGUGGUCUCUUUUGUCUACUAUUAACUCAACUCGGACACACCAGCUUUCCCUAAUAUUUGUCUAAGACGUGCCUUUGAGCCGCACAACCGACCUCCAACCCCCUCCUUGUCUCCUCCGCACAUUCCAGUAACCUAACAAAAUAAUCCCGCUCCAAAAAGAUCCGCUCCGACCGAGAACACUUUGGAAUUCAAACUUCAGCUGAAAAUAAACAAAUAAAUAAAACUGGUUUAUAAAGAUAUAUACUGUAGGAGAUUUCUAAGAUUUUUUUUUUUUUUUUCCCCAAGUGUGUUUGUGUCUGUAUCAAUGCGCUCCGCCUCUCUCUAUCCCAGAAAACGAGUCCCUUUCGCUAAACCAAGUUAAAAAAAAUAAAAAAAAAAAAAAUAGGAAAGUCGUCUCGUUUGUGGAGGUUCAACAAACAAACCGCUAGGAAAGACUUUUCCGUUCUUCUCUUCUUUCCAAGACAUUUUUAAAAAAGGGUUUGUUUUUUGUUUUUUUUUUUUUUUUUUUUUUUUUUUUUUGGUGUUUUAACUUUUGGAAUUAACCAAACAGAAACUGAAAAGAAAAUAAGAACGCGUGUUUUGGUUUUUUUUUUUUUUUUAAAUUUUUCUUUGAUGCGCAAACGCGAUUCCUACAGGUCUGAACACCGCAAAACAUAAAGCGAGAUGGAGCGGAUCACAGAUCUAAGAGGCAACGGGAUCGCAUCGUAAUUAUAUUUUUUUAAAUAUAAUAAAUAAAAAUAAAAAUAAAAACAAUACGUAUUUGUGUAGUCAAGAGGGAGGGAUUUAUAACUUACCAGCAGCCCGGUGUUUGUUUAAAACGAGACGGGUAUUGUUGCCACUGUGUUGUUUAUAUAGUCCUUUGUUUCAUAUAUUCACGACUGAGACAAAGUAACCAGGAGCGUUACUCAAAUUUUUAUACGGGUAAUAUUAUGCAAGUGCAUUGUUGUUAUUAACAUUGUCGUUAUUGUUACUUAAAUACACACAAACUUUGGGAUUCCGUAACAUUUUGUCACAAAAUAAUUACAAUGGAUCGUUUGGGAAGCAGACUCCUUGAGAAAUUGAAACUUACCGACUCCGGCAGCGUUAAAUUCAGCAGGAAGAAAGACGACUCUUGCAAUAACGCGCAGAACACGGCUAGCGCCAAACCGGCCGGUAAAACAAAGCGAGGGUCGCCUCAGGAGAAACUGUCCGGCUUGAACAGAGGGACCGCCGGGGUGUAUCAGCAACUCUCCCGGGGGGGCAGUGUUCAGCCGGCCGCUGGGGCUUCGGUUGACGCCGGCUCGGGAGGCGGUUUUACUGGUCUCCGGUGCUCCACCGGGAGUGUGGAUGCUAACACGGCGGAGUACGCACUCGCUGAACGCGGUCCCGGGACGAGCUUUGAUUCCCACAGACGCCACUCCGUGGAAGCGAGACACGGCGCCGGCUUGCAGCCAGCGGACUGCAAUAAUACUGCCAAAGAUUGCGGUGUCCACGACAGCGAAUUCAACCGGGGCGACAGCAGCAACGGUAGCCGGCGUUAUUCUCUGGAAAUUCAGCAGCAACUGAUUCAGCAGCAGAAUUUCCCGGGGUUUAAUAAGCGUUUUAGCGGCAGCGAGUUUUUUGAGUUGCCGGCACAAAGUAGCGAGCGAUCCAAGCGGUUCUCCUUGCAGGAGUCGGGCACCAAGCGCUUCAGUACAAGCAGCGACUUUUCGGACAGGCACGGCUUUUACCAGCGGCAGUCGGACCCCAGCUCGGUUCCAGGUUAUUACCCCCCGCUUUACAACAACGCUGGGAGCGGCAACAGCAAGGGCUUGAGUCCCCGCUCCUCGUACAGUCUCUACGAGUCCAUACUGACCAGCCCGCGGUCCAGCUUUGCCAGCACGGCCAGCGGCGGUGACGGGAACAGCAGCCCCCGUAUGAGUGUCAACUUCGAGAGCCGUUCAAGCAGCAACCGGACCAGCGGUAUCAGCAUAGGCUACGACUCCAGGCCCGGCUUCGGGGGCUCCGGCGCAGAAAGCCCUCAGUCCAGUGCCUGCGCCGGUCUGCAACAACCACCGCCGGGGUGUCAAUUAUUCUACAGCCCGUAUUCUAGCUUGGCAGCAGCGGCAGGGUCAGCUCAUUACCACCCACCAGAUUGCUGGGGAGUGGACUUUGAGACCGAAGCAGCUUUCAUGUAUCAGCAACGGGGGCUGUAUCUUGGGGGGUGCCAGGAUAAUCGGCACUCGUAUCCGCCCGCUCUUGGCAGCCCAGCGGCGGCGGCAGGAUUUUUCGAAAGGGGCUCGACCCGUCGCUCCAUCACAGGCUACCCACUGAAGCAAGCCCGCAGCUCGGCUGGGACACGUUACCAGCAAGAGCUGGCGUAUCUGCUGAGCAGAGACCGCCGUUUGGAGGGUCAAGCCGGCGCAGUUAAUGGGACCGCGGCUCAAGAAACGCAGGCGCCCGCUUCUAUCCCAGCCUCUGUUGGUAGCGCCCAGAAUAGCCACGGUGCCGUCACCCCUGCCCCCGCACUGAGCAGCAAGCAACAGGGCGCUCUUAUUCUCCAGGUCAGCUCUGCCCGGGUGAGCCACACUCUCACCCGUCCCCAGGAGCCACCGACGCGGGCACAGCCAGGACGGGAACCGGGGGAGUUGAAAGAGGAAUAUUUCGGCACGUGUUUGAAGUGUAAUAAAGGGGUCUAUGGCUCGGACAAUGCCUGUCAAGCACUGGACAGUCUGUUUCACACACGCUGUUUUAUCUGCAGCUCCUGUGGCAGGACGCUCAGAGGGAAAGCCUUUUACAAUGUGAACGGCUCAGUCUAUUGCGAAGAGGACUACAUGUUUUUUGGUUUCCAGCAAGCUGCUGAAAAGUGCUGUGUUUGUGGGCAUCUCAUCCUGGAAAAAAUUUUGCAGGCACUCGGUAACAGUUAUCACCCUGGCUGCUUCCGCUGCGUUGUCUGCAACAAAACCCUCGAUGGCGUUCCUUUCACUGUGGAUUAUUCCAACAAGGUGUACUGUGUCAGUGACUACCACAGGAUUUUUGCACCGAAAUGUUCCUCCUGUGGCCAGCCUAUUCUACCUGCAGAGGGCUCCGAGGAGAUAUUCAGAGUGGUCUCCAUGAACAAAGAUUACCACUCUGAGUGUUACCACUGCGAGGACUGCAGGCUGCAGCUCAGCGAUAGAGAAGGGCAGCAAUGCUUCCCAUUGGAUGGACAUCUGCUGUGUCAUUGCUGUCACAUGACGAGAGCCAGCGCGCAGCAACAAGCACCUUCCCUCAGCUACAAGCACUGAGGCCCAGGGGGUUCCACCCUAUGUCCUGUGUGUGCCUGCUAUUCCAUCCCCCCAGGAAACUAAACUGCAGGGACAAAGAAACAGAAACAAAGCCAAUGUAAAACUUUCUAAAACACGGAAGAUAGAUAUACUGAGCAUCAAAAGAAAUGCAUCACUUCUAUUUGGGUAAAAUUCAGUAGAUGUGAUUGAAAAAAUUACAAAGUGUUUUAGAGCAGGUGCAGUGACUUUAUUGUGCUGAUUAACAGUUGAC